UGAUUGCGAGGAAUAAUAUGGCAAGGAGAAUAUUAAAGAAAAGUUUUUGUUUGCUCUGUGACGUAUUCGAAUAGGAAUGUGAAUAAGGUGAUAACGCACAAGACAACAUACGCCGCGUUGUAUAUCACGAAAAACAAAAACAAUCCCUGACAUCGCGAGUUAGCAUCGAAAUGCGCGUGUCGUCAAGGAUAGUUUUGUUUCUUGCGAUUUACAUCCUGGCGUACCCUCAGCGCGUUAUAACCUUGUUACUAUUCGCACAAGGACACUGAACCAGAGCAGACGGGAAUGAGUCUUUUCGCUCUCCUUACCGUAUUAAUUUUCAAAUGACGACACAUAUUAAAGAUUAUUCAUUACAACUAAUUACUAAUUUGUAUUAUUUCUUAUGUACGAAAAGCACGAAAAGUAGUUUACCUUUAACAUAGUCGCGACGGAUAAAACGAAAAGUUAAUUACGCAAUUUUCAAUUUCCCUUCUCUGCUGUUGCCUCUGCUAUAUAUCGAAUCGUAGCCUCGUGCGAUCGCGUUUUUCGAGUUUAUCUUUGUCAUCAUGACAAAGAUUGCGCGUUCGUAAUUAAACGUGUUUUCGCGAGUGAGUGCCAUAAAAGAGCAGACGUCGAUUGACUACUGAGAGGAGGAGGAGGCCCAGGGGGCAUCGGGCGACGGCGGAGCAUCUAUAAGAUCAACGUAGACGACAACUCCGCUGUUGCACAUCAUGUACCGAUGAGCGGCAAACGGACCAGAAGUUUUAAAUGCGCCGUGCACCAUCGGGACAGAGAGGUGUGUUCCGAGAACGAUUUCCACCUGCUCGUUCAUGAGCCGCCUCUGUUUCGCAGGAUGGUCCGCAUGAUCGGCGAUGAAUUCCUAACGGAGGAACGGGACCGAAAGUACUACGCCGAUCACUAUACGUGCUGUCCGCCGCCUCUCUUCAUCAUCCUCAUCACCCUCGUGGAGCUUGGUUUCUUCACAUACUACACAGUGGCGAUGGGUGAGGUAAAUCCCUCGGGGCCGGUGCCGAUCGACAGUGUCUUCAUUUACAGACCGGACAAACGGCUCGAACUCUGGAGGUUCGCCUUCUACAUGUUCCUGCAUGCUGGAUGGCUUCACCUGCUGUUUAACCUGGGGGUACAGGUGGUCGUGGGACUUCCCUUGGAAAUGGUUCACGGAAGCCUGAGGAUCGCCGCGGUUUACAUGGCCGGGGUUCUUGCCGGUUCGCUGGGCACGUCGGUAUUCGACACGGACGUGUACCUUGUCGGUGCAAGCGGGGGUGUCUAUGCCCUUCUGGCGGCGCAUCUAGCCAACGUCCUUCUCAACUAUAACAAUAUGGAGUUUGGGAUAGUUCGGCUCAUCGGCAUCUUCGUCAUUGCCAGCGCCGACGUGGGUUUCGCGAUUUACGACAGGUACGCGGCAGAGCAGAUGGGCCCGCCAGUGUCGUACGUCGCCCAUCUGACGGGCGCUCUGGCGGGCCUAACGAUCGGCCUCUUGGUGCUGAAGAACUUCGAGCAGCGGUUACACGAGCAACUACUCUGGUGGGUCGCCCUCGGUGUCUACGCCGCCUGCACGAUAUUCGCGAUCAUGUACAAUGUGAUGCAUCCGGACUAUCCAUGACGCCAGGUCAGCUUCGCGUACGGCCAGCCGAGGCACACGUAACGCGAAGCUGAUUGUCCGUGGAAAAAGAAAAGGAAGAAAAAGAGACGGAGGAAGAAGCGGGGGGGAUCGGUGUCUUCGUGCAAUGUUGAGAGGGAUUGUCAAAUACUGCGGAUCCUCGACAACGCGCUGAACCGAGAGUCAGAUCAUUCCCGAGACACCGAAAGCAAGGAAUACGCGACGGAGAAGAGAAUCAGAGACAUGCGACGAGGUCGUCGGCCGUCAUUCGUCGCACCGAGGAACAUAACUUCGAUCGCUCUCCGCGCGAAAGGGAUCGCAUAAUAGUUUCGUAGCAUAUAUAUUUUCUUCCAAGUCGGCCUGUUCGCGCGCGAUAGUCGAGAGAAGCAACCGAGCGCACGUCGGAAGGAAGCGAGAAGCGAGCGAAGAAACAUUAAUCUGCUACUGAUUAAACAUUAAGAGGUAAGAAAAUUCCACACGGGGCGAUAGCGAUUAAAAGAUGAUCGGCGCAUCGCCGGAAAGAAGAAGGAAGACGCGAGGGGAGAGGAGCAUCGAAUGAAUGUCUCCGCGGACGAAACAACGUCCGCUCCGUAAUCCCGCGGAAGCUUCUUAAACACAUCGUCGGGCUACUUCAUUAAGGCGGAAUGCGGGCGAUUUUAAGAACGCAUAAUCAUGAGAAAUUGCCGGCUCGUGCUCUCCCGCCAUGAACGGAGCAAGGGAGCGUCAUUGUUACGAGAUCGAUAUCUCGAGCUAUCUGCCGCGAUUAAAACAUCUUCGCGUGUCGUUGAGAAGAACGUUGCAGCGACACGCGUGAGAAAUAUGGAAAAUAAUCUUCUUCGUCGGUUUCCUGGAAGAAGAAGAGAGUGUCGCGUUAUCGCGAGUCUAGUCGUCCGGUCAUCUCACUCUUCUGCGUCUUUAAAGAAAAACCAAAGAAUCGAGCUGGUCGGUCGUUCGGAAAGGACGAAAUUCUUGAGCGAGAACAACGCAUUUCUAUCCGGACAAGAUGCGGAGGAAAGAUACGGGGAAGGAGACGAGUUUUCCCUCGUGACUUUCGUCGUUCGUUUAUUUCCGCGUAAUGCCGGCCGCCUGUCGUCCUCGGAAAAACCAAAGAAUCAUACUCGACUGUGUGGAUGACGCUCGCUAUCUUUUGUCGCGUCGCUGAAGAAAUUUCUUUGCUCGGUGACGAGAAGAGGAGGAAGGGACAGGAAAAGAUUGCACAACAACGAAAUAAAGAAGCAACAAAGAAGAAGCAAAGAGAGAAGCGGGAGGAUGGAUCUUGGGACUUAAUGGAUCCUCCGCGGUCGAUGAAACAUCGUACAAAUGAUCGCCGCGGAGAACUGCGGAGACGACAAAAACCGCGGGGCAGUCGAGAAAAUUGGUAAACCUUCGAAGCCCUUCUCAAAACACUCGACGCACGCGAGACAAAUUCGUGGACGUGGAUGGAAACGCACGAGAGCGGAAUGCGAUGAUGAAAAGCUCCUCCCAGAGGGAGAUUUUUUUCAAACGCAAUGAAUGAUCAGGUACGAGACGGCGAAAAAAUUGUAUGGAAGAAAGACAUAGAGCUUCUAAUUAAUCUACUAAUUCGGCAGUAGUGCGCAGAAUAUCGCUAUUUGAAUCGUGCGAAUAAUUGCGAAGUGUUCGUAGAAAACGAUGUAAGUAUUAUUUAUGAACUGUGUAAAAUAAUAAUAAUUAUUUUUUUUACACUGUUACGUCCGCUAAGACUCGUUUUGUUGCGGAAAUGUUUCAAGUUGCAACGAAGUAAAUUUAUUCCGUACUGAAAAAGUCUGCUUCUCAAACUUUUGUAAUCAUAGUUCGACGCUUUCUAUAGACGUUUCGCAAUUGUACACUUUGUCAAGUUUACGUAUUGUAUCUUCGUUAAUGCAUUCGCGAGAAUGAGUAGAUUGAAGGAGAGAAAGGAAAACAAAGAUCACAACGAAGAUUCGCCACUGUGUAUUCGAAUAUUCGUAUAUAUUACCGCGUACUGCAGAUCGAUCACUAUAGGAGUGCGAAUUCAUCGAGUCAUAAAGCUCAUCCAAAUAGCCGUUGCAUUUUUCCCACGUCAUCGUUAUAAAUCCUUGAGGAACCGGCGCGACGGGUUUCCCGCAAAAGGUUUAAAAAAAAAAACUUCUCCAACUCCGCGAAAAUCAAAACCGACGUGCAAUGUCGUCGAAACGAAUGCCGCGUCAUUGUAAAGAGAUACUAUUUAAUAUAUUGCAAAAGGAUAAUAUUUCUGAAUAAACAUUGGACCGUCAAUCGUGUAUAUAAACGGCACUCGUGCUUCGAACGUUUCGGCGCACACUGCUGUUCACGCGGUUGUGAUUUUCGCGAGAGCUCGCAAGCUUUCCACCUGAUAGAUGUAAUAACGCGUAAUGCAACGGCGAUCGAGCCUACGCUAAAACAACAAUUGUCCGACAAGUUGGUCGGUUUUUGGUCACAAUCCGCGCUUUCGACCAACGGUUGCUCGUUAAUGUCCUCGCAGAAUCCCCCCGACGGCGUAUCUGCUCGCGCGCGCGAUCAUUAACGCGCAUUAAUUGUAUACCACUGUAAAUAUCUGUAUAUAAUGUAGGGACUCGCUGAAUGUGUUUAUGUAUGUAUGUGUGUGUGUGCGUGUGUGGUGUGUGGGAGCGUUUGACGCGAGUGAGGAGGAGGAAAAGGAGGCGCGAGACAGAGCAAAGAAGAAAAAAAAGAAGGAAGAGAGGAGAGAAGGAAGAGAGUUCGAGUCGGGUCACAGUCUAGUCGUUUCGCGUCGUUGUCUCGUAAGUAUAUACACACAUAUACAAAUAUACAUAUUGUAUUUAAGAGGGAAGAGAGGAGCCGCACAUUCUCGGGAGAGCACGCUUAGUGUACAUAGUCACACGCGACAUAUGUUCCUCACCUUUAAUUUAUCAUCGUAUCAUAUCGUGUCUUCGGAAUCGGAUCGAGCGAUUACCGGCCGCGUGACGUGCGACCCAAACGAUAACUCCACCAUCGAUGGCUUGUAUCCCCAGCUGGCACGUUUAGCGCCCGUUGCGGCUUAUUCAAUGGGGGCCGUCUAGACGGGUAUUUUCACCGCGCAUUUAACCAUUGCUAUUUCAUUUCCACCGAGAGGAUAUUUAUUUAUCCAUAAACUGUUCAUGUUAAAUUUACUGCACAUUUACAUAGGCGCGUUUAAGCCGCUUCAGAUAAUUCGGUUUAAAUUGAUGACUUUUCACGAUGUAAGAAAAAAUUUCCUUUUCUUUAUAAAAUUAUAAGAAUUAGAAUACUAGUAAUUAAAGUUCAUUCGAAAUUUAUAUUUGUUUCUCAAAAUAUCGAAAAUUUAACUUUGCCCAACGACUCAUUUAGCGUUGAAUGCGCGGUGAUUUUGACAAAGUUCAAAAUCGCAAGCUAAACGCUGAACAAAGUUGCAAAUACGAGCCAAAGUCUGUGUAGCAGUUUGGAUAGUCGCGGUACGUGUCUCUCUAGUGUUUAGCUGUGUAGGUUGUUCGAUUGUCGAGAUAGCCUGACGCACUGCCUAUUUUGUAAUACGACUUAGCGCGAAAUGCGCCUUUCGUUUCCUCAAGUCUGCCGUUAACGCAAUUUCGCGUGACGUAAAUUCCGUUCAACGUAAAUGCCUCGUUUUUCGUCGCUGCGCCUCUCGCGAAAUAACGGAACGGCGAACGCGUCCGUGGCGCGUUUCACUUCGUAUGUGUGUUCUUGUAUAACAAUUAAUUAGCGAUUACCGUCGCAUUCCUAGCGAUGGCGAGCGCAAAUAUAUUCCCCCGAGAUCCUAUAUUUAUUUUUCGUAAGAAGAGAACCAGCUGUCGCCCGCUGAUUUCAUGUGUACGAAACGAAAGUUCAAUCUGGAACUUUUUCGGCGUUUUUCUUGACGCCGGGAAAACCCGCGCGAGUGCCACGGGAUGUAAUACGCGAAAAAUCGUCAACGGGUCGACGACGGAAAAUUAUUUUCCCACGUAUGCGAUUUAGAAUAGUACGUAACGUUCAGGAGGAAGACUCGAAAUUCUGCCCGGUGAAUUCUUCCUCGUUUCGACGGGAAUCAAAUUAAUGUAUUACUUACAUCGCAUACCGCGAUACCAUAACGUUACUAAUGGCGUUAAUAUACGAUACCAAAUAAUACGUAAGAUUUAGUAUGAAACAGUAAUAUAUUAUUAUUAUUUUUAUUAUUAUUAUUGUUAAUAUUGCUGUCGUAUUUUUCUGGCAUCAAGGAAAAAAGUAAUUUUCAGUGCUGGCAUGUAGCACGAUCUGAAUAGGGUGGAGGAAAAGUAGUCCUCGGAGAGAGAAGAGCGGCGAAUCGAGCGCGGGCGAGAGAUCAAACGAGAGUAAUUAACGAUGCUAGUCAAUUAGUACCCGCGAAGGCAGCUAACGCCAGAUCCUAACUUAAGGUACCGACGGCUAUGUAACUCGCUUUAAGGCGAAAGAAGGUCGAGACCCCCCCGGUGACGCUGAGGGCGAGGUGGCACGAGAAAAGGUGGGAGAGCGGGAAAAGGAGGCAGCUGAGGAGAGAUCUUAGGAGGUUUAAGGGUUCGAGAACACUGAGAGAGCGAGAAGAGGACGCUGAAGAGCGUCCAAAAGGUGGUUGCUCAAAAGAGUCGAGUAGACGAAGGAGAGAGGUUUCGAACGACUGGCUCGGCUGGCUGUGUCAGCCGGUGAAUGUGUACUUGGCGCAAACGCGGAAGAAUGCAAAAGGGGAGCAAAAGUGACGCUCUCUUAAUAAUAGCGGCUGUUGUAUCGCGCGCACGGUUCUAGACGCAGCAAUUAUGCCCGAAGAGAUCGCAAACGCGAGCGAGCGCUUAUCGGGUCCGCGAGUGUUUCUAAUUGCAAUCAGAUAGCGGGGGAAAUAUGCUCUUUUCACUUACGGGCGAACCGAGAUCUUUCGUUGAUUUUACGAGCUCGAUCACGCGACACUCUUGCGAAAUAUGUAAUAAAUGAAAGAAGGGUGAAAUUAAUUUAGAUGAGAGAUUAAUUUGAAAUUGAAUUAUGUUUUUCAUACGUUAAUACGCAGGAAUAAGCCUGAUUAGCUCGUCGGGCGAAUCACGCGAAGUGAAUUAAAGUUUUUAUUUUUCAAACGCGUAAUUUGUCGGCAAAUGUUGUUCCUGAAAUAUAAAUUAUCAAACGCUGUUGCAAUGUAAUUGCAAAUUAUUUAGUUUACAUCGAUAAAUUGAACGUGAUUUUCGUACCGUACGCCGAUGCCUUGUUAAAUGUUUAAUUCGAUUUGUCUCAUAAAUGCGGCAACGAUUUGAGUUCUUUUGAAAUAGUCCGAAGCUUUCAUAACGACCGAUCGAUUUGAGCUUCCAUUAAUUACCGUCGUUGUUAACAGUAAUUUAUGCAUUGGCGAGAUCCAACCCUGGUCAAAAAGAGCCGCUUUUCCCCGGGAAAAUCGAACAGGUGUCGAUCCGCCGGCUAUUAACGUACCAACGGAGAAAUGCAUAAUUUAGGAACUUCAUACAACAUUUAUGACGUAUGAUUUCCAUUUUAUUAAUCCACUGUCGGGUUAAAUGACGAUGCCAAAGAGCGCGCGCGACGCAUAAUUAUUUACAUACGCCUGGUAACUCGAACAUGCGUAUAAAUUAUACGUCGUUCUAAAUCCCUCGUGGACAAACAACCCGCGAAAUAUGUAGCUAAAUAUCAAAAUUAUACUUUGAUUGUAUAUAUCCAGCAACGUGGGUCGGAAUUACGCUAUAUCGACAUUACGCUGGGCAAGAUAAAUUCCCGUCGAAUUUUUUCCUCGAGUUCGCCAGAGCUCGCUCUUUUCCCGCUCUCAUCACGAACUUAACAGCAACCGUCAAAGUUACGUCGGAAUCGAAUUUUCUUACUGGCGCGUGUAUUUCUCACCCUAUCAAAAGCGUCAUCGGAUUUCCGGUCCGAGUGUCCAAUGAGCGAAACAAAUAAGAGAACAACACCGGGGAAACUAUGCUUCGCUCGAAACUAUCCGGGACUUUAAUUUACACCGCUGGCACUCGAUUCGCGAAAGCUUGAGCUUAGGCACUAUAUUUUUUCUUCUCUUUUUUUUUAUUUAUAUAAAGAUCAGGGGGUGGUGUAUUCGAAUGUGUGUGAGGAUUGCGUAUGUAUGCGUAUGUGUAUAUUGUGUGUGCGUAAUAUAUUUAAAUCAAAGAGUUAUGCGCGAGUACGUACUAUUAUGUUUAUUCGUAGCGAUCGAACGAUCGAGGAUCGUGAAGUCUGCGAUAGCACAAGUGUUAACUUAUUGGCUUAUUGUUCCCUAUUGAAUUUAUCGAAUCGUCCUUAAUUUAAUUAAUUUCUCAACUACGCCAAGACAAAAUGCAUAUAUUACUGCCAACUAUAUUUUUUUUACGUAACAUUUAUCUUUCGAAGUCAUCGAGAAAAACAUAUCACCGUACAUGUGUUCUCUAUAACUUGAAAUAUGAAACUAUUCCGCAGGCAAACUUCUAUUUGCCGACCACUUUUUCACAGUAUAGUUUCGCCAAUAAGUUAAAUAUUAUAUAUUGAGCUUAUCACGAUCCGGGCAUUUGAAGCGAGGAUGCUCAUCUGUUAUGUAUCGAUGUCCGCGAAUCGAAAUGAUCGCGAUGUAUAAUAAUUUAAUAUUUGCAAUCUAUUUUUUUUUAACGCAUCGACGACCACGGUCAUUAGUGUUCAAUUAAUUUAUUAUUCUCUUGUAUAUAGUAUGUAUAUUAUAUAUUAUAUACAAGUAUAUAUACAUAUAUGUUGUUAUUAUUUAAUUAAUGUGAAAAAAGGUCGCACAAGCUACGUAAAAAAAACUAUGUUCGGCCGAAAGUGCGUCGAGAGCGUAUGUUACCGUAUUUUAAUAUUAUAUUCUAUUAUAUGUUCUGCGCCGGUAACAAAAAGCGAUACAUAAUGGUCCAGCGGAAAGCAGCGCGCGUUUUAUCCCGUACAAUUUUUAGUUCUCUGACUGUGCGAUCUUCGAUCGAGUGAUUAAGCGAUCGGCUGAAAAAAAAAACGCGAGCCGUUAAUUUUUAUAUUGUGCGUGUCACUGUCAUUGAGUAUUAUUUAUUGGUGAAAGUGGAGAGAACUGAGCGCGCGCGCGAAGGAGCCUCCCAGUCUGUUCGUUCGUCAUUUCGUCUUGUUUUUAAUUAGCCCGCUUAAUACAGCAAAGGCGCGCCGCCGCAUCACAGACGCACCUGCGACCCCGGCAACACCUGCGACGGCCGACAAUUUCGGCGAGACCGCCGUUCGCCUGGGAUAUUUUCUGAAAUUUCGCCAUUAACCCGCAACCAUAUUAUUAGUAUUUAAACUUAUAUUAAUUUGUGAACCCAUGCGAAAAAUUAAAUUUCCUCGGUAAUAGAGUGAUGAUCUAUAUGUUACACGUUAUGUGUUACAUAUGUUUAAUUUUUUUCUGACGCCAAUUUAUUCAGUUUUUUUUUUUUAA